AUGAAUUGAAACGGCUCUCUUUCUCUCUCCUCUUUUCGCUGGUUCCGGGUGGAGCUUUACGCAAUUCCCACUAUCUAUGGUAAGUGUAACCGGGCCUUUCGAAAAGAUUCCUCUUUCUCGCUCUCUUGCUCUCCAUCUCUUCUUUCUGCUUCACCUUCAUCGAUUUCAUUUCCGGAGGAGAUAAACAGAGAUCAACAAUCUAUUCAUAGAUUCGGGUUUUCAGGAAUUUGCUUGGUUGGUUGGUUGCUGAAGGAAGGGCACAGGAGAAAAGACACAGAGAGGAGCAAAAGGAAGAAGAAAAAGGAGAAAUGGGGAAUAUUGGAAGCAGCAGCAGUGGAGGGGUUAAUAGUAGCAGACGGAGACACGGAAACCCUCAUCAUCAUCAUAACAGCCAUCCACCAACACCUCCCCCGCAAACUCCUCAAUCUGAAAUCACCGGAAGUCGCUACGUUUUCGCCGCUGCUACUCCGUACCCUCCUCAAUACCCUAACCCUAACCCACCUCACUACUACCAGUACUCGGGCUAUUACCCACCCCCACCGCCUUCGAUGCCAGUCCCGUUACCCGCACCUUUCGAUCACCAUCACCGCCAUGCUUCAGCAGAUCCUGCAGCCCAUGCGAACUGGGUUGGUAGUGGCCGCUACCCUUGUGGGGCUGUUUCCAUUCCCCCUCCUUAUGUGGAACACCAGAAGGCCGUUACAAUUCGUAACGACAUCAAUCUCAAGAAGGAAACUUUGAGGGUCGAGCCCGACGAGGAAAACCCCGGCCAGUUCCUUGUUGCCUUCACCUUUGAUGCCACUGUUGCUGGAAGCAUUACUCUCACCUUCUUUGCAAAAGAAGGUGCGGACUGUAACCUUACACCAACUAAGGAGAACCUGCAGCCAGUCACAAUAUCCUUCCAACAGGGUCUGGGUCAGAAGUUCAGGCAACCAUCAGGAACUGGAAUCGACUUUUCAACGUUUGAGGAUAUUGAAUUAACAAAAGAGGGUGAUAUGGAAGUGUAUCCCCUUGUUGUGAAGGCGGAGGAAUCCCCUCAUAACCAUAAUGGAUCUGAGGAAGAAAACCAGAAGAAAGGAACCAAUUCACAGAUUACCCAAGCGGUGUUUGAGAAGGAGAAAGGUGAGUAUCAUGUGAGAGUGGUGAAGCAAAUUCUCUGGGUGAAUGCAAUAAGGUACGAGCUGCAGGAGAUUUAUGGGAUAGGGAAUUCUGUGGAGAGUGACUUCGAUGGAAAUGACCCAGGGAAGGAAUGUGUCAUCUGCCUAUCAGAACCACGGGAUACAACUGUCCUACCUUGUCGACACAUGUGUAUGUGCAGUGCUUGUGCUAAGGUUUUGAGGUUACAAACAAACCGAUGCCCAAUCUGCCGGCAACCAGUUGAGCGGCUUCUGGAGAUAAAGGUCAACAGCAGAUCUGAUGACUGAAGAGAGCAGGCGUUGCUGAUGGGAACAAUGUUGUAAAGUUGUAUCUUUCUUACUCCGCUUUCCAUUCUGAGCUUGCAAAAUAAUCAGACUGGAAGUAUGAUACGGUACGCAGUUUUUUGGGCUAUAGGUUGGAAGUACUGUUGUUCCUCGUGUAUUCGACCCUGAAAAACUGUAGGCCGUGGCAGUGAUAUUUUGGUCUUGAGCAAGAUGAUGCUUGGUCUUUUGAAUCCAUCAUAUGUAUAUAAUGUUAUUUGAAGAAAUGCCAUCAAAAGUUGGCCUGGAGUUUAUUA